AUGCUUAUUUGCCAACUGGAUUAUUCAACGAAGAGUUUCUAUUCCUUCGAGAUACAGAAACGAGUUUUGAUAACACAGAAAUCAAUUUACUCAGUUUUAAAUAAUAUAGAUAGAGUUAGUUCAGCUACAUCUGCUUCAUUUCAUUUUUUUUAUCUCUUGGAACAUGGAUUUGACAAGGAUUAA